AUGAGGCUCGUGCACUGCCUCGUGGCAGUGCUGCUCGUGGUCGGCCAGGCCGCGGCCUGGGACUGCCCUGGCGGCGUGAAGGGAAGUGACAAGGUCACCGGCUCCUCCAGCUUCUUCGGCAUCCAACAAGAGAAGCCUCUGACCUACAUUGACCAGACCGCUGCUUGGAAGAAGUUUGGCCCCAUCACCAAGAUCAACCUGUACUACUCGUACAACCACGGCUGCGUGCAGGGCGUCAAGGUCACAUAUGGUUAUGACGCGCGCAACGCCCAGCUGAUUGGCGUGCAGAAGGGCCUGGCUGAGGCUGACAUUUCCCUGGCUGCCUACGAGGGCAUCACCAAGGUUGAGCUCAAGGAGUCCAAGACCAACAAGUGCAUCGAGUACAUCAAGCUGACCAGCAGCAAGGGCAAGACCGUCGCCCUCGGCAAUGCCAAGAGCGCCUCGCCUGUGCAGACCACCGCCGCUGCCAAGGACGGCUUCUUGUCCAACCUGCGUGGAUAUGAGGACCUGUACGCAGGGCAGGCCGUCACCAAGGGUGGCUUGCAGCGGCUGCAGUUUGUGUGGGCUGUGGCUGUCUGCCCCACUCCCAAGCCGGCGCCCGUGCCCAAGCCAGCACCUGUGCCCGCGCCGGCCCCAGAGCCCACGCCGGCCCCGGAGCCCGCAGGAGCCCCCGCGGAGAGCCCGGCCCCCACUGAGGGCGGUGCCCCCACUGAUGUCCCUGCCGAGGCGCCCGCCCCCGAGGCGCUGUGCCCCGCUGACCUCGACCGGUGCGACACCAAGGCCACCUCGGGCGACGCCUUCUGCCCCGCCGUGUCCCCUUUCACCUACAACCAGUGCGCCGGCGGUUGCUGCAUCAGCUCUGGGAAGUGCAAGAAGGCCUUCUGCGGCGCUGCUGGCCUGGGAUCUGAGGUGUUCGCCCACAAGACUCUGUUCUGGGGCACCAACAGCGGCCUGGCGCACAAGUUCAACAAGGGCCGCAACCUGGCCUGCAAGCUGGCCGUGCCCGGCUGCGUCUCGGACCUGAUCAGCGGCACAUGCGUCGGCUCCGUGGUGGCGCUCUCCAACGAUGUUGAUGAGGGGGCCGCCCAGUGGGUUGGAUACCCCUGCCUGCAGACCGUGCCCGGCGGCCUCCCCACUGACGCCUUGGGCAAGCCCGAUGUCAACGGCGCCUACACGGCCAAGCUGUGA